CUUAUUUUCUAAUGCUGAUGUUCUAGUUAAUUUAAUUUUAUGGACUGUGUAGGAUAGGGAAAUAUAAGCCUAUUCCUUCCUGAAUUGUGGCAUUAUUGUGUGUAUGUGAACUGUACGGUUGUAGUUACACAACAUUAAUAAGUUCUGGCUAAACUGUCCACAUAAAACGGUUGGUUUUGGUGGUGGUGGUGGCGUGUGACUGAAAUAAACAAAUUCGUCCAUUCACUAUUCACGCGCUUACUGCUCAUUGCACCUAUGGUUAGAUGCUAAACUGCAUUUCGUUUCUCUGUACCUGCGUAAUGACAACAAAGUUGAAUCUCAUCUGAUCUAAUUGAAUCUAGAUCAUGAUUCUAAGUACUUCAUCUGUCCAGAGCACACUUGGUUUGAGACUUUCACCCCCCAUCUUAAAUAUCUGCGGAAUGUCUCUUUAAAUGUCUCUCCUCCCACAGGUCUAUAACGCAUCCGCGCCCCCAUCUAUCAUCGGCUAGUUUCACAUCAACAAUGACUGCCUCCGACGCUUUCACUAAAAAACAACCCCGUAUUUCAGUAAGUGUCCUGGAAAUGUAUUGCGUUUAGCCUACAGCCCGUGCAUCUCAGCAUCAGAUCCUGGUAUAGAAGACAGGAAAUAAAUCGCCAAACCACAGCAGCCAGCUGAGAGAAGUCAGCCCUGGGUGUGUCUGCGAUGGCCGGGGGAAGGAGAGGGGCAAAUCGCACCACGUACUGCCGACCUCCUCUAAGCGGUGAACCAGGCUCAGUGAGCAAUGGCAACCACACGACCAGCUCCCCGAUGACCGGGGUUCGGUCUCGCACGAGGAACGGAUCGGGGACGUGCAUGUCCAGCCCUCCGCUCGCCGCGCAGACCGUGGUUCCUCUGAAGCACUGCAAGAUCCCCGAGCUGUCUGUGGACCGAAACGUGUUGUUCGAGCUCCAUCUUUUCUUCUGCCACCUCAUCGCCCUCUUCGUGCAUUAUGUCAACAUCUACAAGACCGUGUGGUGGUACCCCCCAUCACACCCUCCCUCGCACACGUCUCUGAACUUCCAUCUCAUUGAUUAUAACAUGCUGGUGUUCACAAUCAUCAUACUGGCGAGGAGGUUAAUUGCAGCAAUUGUUAAAGAGGCCUCACAGAGUGGGAAACUCUCCUUUCCUCAUUCAAUCUUUUUAGUGAUGGUGCGCUUCGCAGUGCUAACGCUGACAGGCUGGAGUCUUUGCCGUUCCCUCAUUUACCUCUUCAGGACCUAUUCUGUCCUCAGCCUGCUCUUCCUCUGCUACCCAUUUGGGAUGUACAUCCCGUUCUUCCGACUGAACUGUGACUUCCGGCGGGCGGGUCCGCUCUCCCCCAUCGCCAGCAUCGGCUCUAAAGAGGUGGGCAGCAUGGGCCGGGGGAGGGACUACCUGACUGUGCUGAAGGAGACGUGGAAGCAGCACACCAGCCAGCUGUACGGCGUCCAGGCCAUGCCGACACACGCCUGCUGCCUCUCCCCGGACCUCAUCCGGAAGGAGGUGGAGUACCUGAAGAUGGACUUCAACUGGAGGAUGAAGGAAGUGCUGGUCAGCUCAAUGCUCAGUGCUUACUAUGUGGCGUUUGUUCCUGUAUGGUUUGUAAAGAGCACCCAGUACGUGGACAAGCGUUGGUCUUGUGAGCUGUUCAUCCUGGUGUCAGUGAGCACGUCAGUCAUCCUCAUGAGGCACCUGUUGCCCCCUCGAUACUGUGACCUGCUCCACAAAGCGGCAGCUCACCUCGGCUGCUGGCAGAAAGUAGACCCCUCACUCUGCUCAAACGUCCUCCAGCACAUAUGGACAGAGGAGUACAUGUGGCCUCAGGGAGUCCUGGUUAAGCAUAAUAAGAAUGUCUAUAAGGCCAUGGGCCACUAUAAUGUUGCGAUCCCGUCGGACGUUUCACAUUAUCGCUUCUAUUUCUUCUUCAACAAGCCUUUACGAAUACUGAACAUACUCAUCAUCCUGGAAGGUGCCAUGAUAUUCUACCAGCUCUACUCGUUGAUGUGCUCAGAAAAGUGGCAUCAGACGAUAUCGCUGGCCCUGAUUCUCUUCAGCAACUACUACGCCUUCUUCAAGCUCCUGCGAGACAGAAUAGUCCUAGGGAAGGCAUACUCGUUCUCAAACAGCUCCUCAGACCAGAAAGUCAGCUAGACUUAAAUUAUUGUUGAUCAUUCUCACUAUGGAACAAAACAGAACAUGCCUAAGAGCCCUGUAUUUUUUCUACAAUCUGCUUUUUGUGUCACAUUUUUGUUCUGAUCUGCCAUAAUAAAAAGAAAUAUUUUUGUAUUACUUAAAA